CGAAACAGAAAACAAAAAAGAACAAACCCGACCCGAUCACAUUAGCGAGCCGUGGAUCAGCGACGCACCUAUCAGCCGAGGGACAAACAGGACCGGGGCGAUGUGUCCCGAUGGAUUGGAACCCGGAACAGCCGCCAGUCAGUGAACGGCUGGACAAAGACCUACCCAGCACAGGAUGCGAAAAAAGCUGCAUGUCACCCACCCUCAAGACUCCCAAGGUCCAGGCAAGCCACAGGAAAUCUGAGCGCCCCUUUGGCCCUUUGGGACACCUGCCAUUACUCUCUUCCCCACCUUUCUGCUUUUCCAUCUGACACGCAUCAUGAUGAUCCUUUCUUCCCUUCUUCGUCGUUGCGAUUGCCAUCAAAAUGCCCUACACAGAUCAUGACGACGACCCAGCCGGCUUCGGCUCCGGCCACGAUCAACGUCAAGACAAGGGCAAGCACCUCGCGACAGACAAGACCGAUACCAACGAACAACAGUGCGACUUUGACGAGCCCGGCAUUGCGCCCUCGCUCAAUGAGAGUCUCUCGGCACCCACUGCCACCGACACCGAUAACGACAGCAUCGAGCCCGACCGGUGGACAGACGAUGAGGGAUAUGCGGAAUCAACAUCGACACGGUAUUUGAGCUCCAUCGCAUCUGACAUUCGGCGCGGCGUUGAGGAAAAUGGGAGGCUUUAUGCUGCAUACGGCAUGCACAAACAAUGGCUUCCCAUUGACGAUGAGGAGCUGGACCGCAAUGAUCUCCAGCACUACAAGUUCACCCUCCUCCUUGGCAACCGCCUAUUCAUUUGCCCCGUGCCUUCUGACCCGCAAAAGAUUCUCGACCUUGGCGCGGGCUCUGGCAUCUGGGCCAUCGAGGUGGCAGACAUGUUUCCGUCGGCCCAGGUCAUCGGCGUCGAUCUCGCGCCUACCCAACCGAACCUCAUCCCUCCCAACCUCAGUUUUGAGAUCGACGACAUCGAGAACGACUGGCUUUGGGGGGAGAAGAAGUUUGACUUCAUUCACGCAAGGGAACUAAUCAUGGCCAUCCGGGACUGGCCGAGGCUCUUUCGCCAGGCCAAGAGGGCGCUGAAGCCGGGGGCAUACCUCCAGCUUGGCGCAUCCGUCCCACUGUUCUCAUCCGACGAUGACACUCUGCCCAAGGAUAGCGCCUACCUGGAGACGGCGCAGAUCUUUUUCGACAUGUCCGCCAAGGUCGGCGUCUCAGGGAUGGAGCCGUUGAGCUGGACAAAGUAUCUGGAAGAGGAGGGAUACGAGGAUAUUGUGCAAAAGAUGUACAAGAUUCCAACCAACCCCUGGCCAAAGGAUGAGAGACUCAAGAGGAUUGGCGCCCUGGAGUUGACACACUACAGGGACGGCAUCAUGAAUGUCUUUGCACGGGGCUACAAGGACAUCCUUGGCGGUGACGAGACUUACUUUCAGGUCUUGAUGGCCAGGGCAAGAAAUGAAGUGGUGGACCGCAACAUGCACAGUUGGGUGCCCUAUAGCUAUGUUGUUUAUGCCAAGAAACCCGGCACUUCGUCAUGAAAAUUGGAAAUACGAACCCAAGUUGACGCAUUUUUGGCUAGGCUUUUGGCGUCCUUGCAUGGUAGCAUUGGCAGGCGGCUCUCUGGCUCUUACAUGAGCAUAGCAUACACAGCGUGGGGCACACGGGAUGAAACAGCAUUUGACUCGUUUAUUUGCCUUUCCAAGACUAUCUUUGCUGCGACCG